AUGGCAAAGCAACAGAUGCAGGUGCUCCCUGCGGAUCUUGUUUCCAGUACCUGCGUGCCCAUCAGCGGGCCGCACACCGAAGAGGGGAGGUUAGCUUCAACCUCCAAGGGCCGUGUGACUCGCGAGAUGACGAGCCGCGUGGCAGGCUGGAAGGGGCUGACGCUUCCGCAGAAGCUGAUCUAUAGCAGCGCGGUGGUCAACUUGGGCGUGCUCAGCUUCGUUUGGGUCAAACGCCAGAUGAAGAUGGCAGACAAGGAGCAGAAAGAAGUUGAGGAGCUGCAGGCUACCAUGGCCGAAAUCUCCACAGAAACUUGGAGUGAGAAUAGCCGGUACAGGUGCUUCUUUGCGGCGCAGCAAUACUACCUGCUGAACGCCAACGGCCCGGAGGAGGAGACCGAUAAGGGAGCACGGCAUUUGCUGGAUGUGCUGGCGCAAUGCAGGGAGGACCUGUACAAGAAAAUCCCCAAGGACACGCCGGCCUCCCGACCGUCCUCCAUGGCUUCGUAA